AUGCCCUGCCUUACAAGAGAAAUUGCCCUCACAGUAGCUGCCAAACACGUUUUCCAAUAUUAUUCUGAUGAUAGCCUCAAAUUAAUCGAUAGUGUCCGUGUGUGUAUGUAUGUGGUCUCCCUACUCUCCAAAAAGCCAUUUCAAGCCACAAUCCAUUUCCAUUACGGUUCGCAGUGGGUUCUGCAUAAAAGAUCAAAGCAUGCUUUACAAACCCACUCGGUGAAUGGUUUUGUUGUGGUUUGCAGUGGUAAAGUGGUCACGGCAGAGAGGAAAAAAUCAACCGACGCAUCAUCAGUUUACAGCAAAUGGCUCCCGUUUUCCCAUUGCACCGCCUGCCGCACGUGGCGUUCGAUAAGGAGCAACGCAUCAAAGCGACAAUCAACAGGGAGCGUGUCUCGUUUACGGAGAAUCUUCGCGAGUACUGCCUCAACACCACCAUCCACGGGCUAAAGUACAUCGGGACGGUAUCGCUGACGCUCUGCGAAAGAGCCUACUUUUUCCUGACCUUUCUCGUCGUCACCGCCUGCUCGAUCUACUUCAUCUCGAAUGUGUACAUCAAGUGGCAAUCGUCGCCGAUCAUCAUCGGCCUCAACCCGAUCGCGACCCACAUCCGGAACAUUCCGUUUCCGGCCGUGACGAUCUGCAACAUGAACCAGCUGCGGCGCGAGGCCGCCGAGCGCAUCGAGCAGAACACGCUCGAGCAGACGGUGCUGCAAAGCAUCUGCUCGAUCGAUGGCGACUUCAACGACACACAGUACGAGGGGAAGUGGUCCGCGGUGAAGCGGAUGCUGCUGAGUGCAACGCAACCCUGCUCGGCGCUACUGAAAGCCUGCCGGUACGCGAAGCAGCCGGAACGCUGCUCGGAAAUAUUCCAGUCCAUCUUCACCGACGAGGGCCUCUGCUGCACGUUCAACACGCUCGACACGGUGUACAUGUUUCGGAAUGCGACCGCACCGAGCAUCUUUCCCACCGAGGUGGGCAGCAACAGUGGCCGAUUCCGCCCGAUCCUGUGGACGCCGGAAAACGGGUACGCCGAGGAGCCGUCCAAUGCGUCCUAUCCGCGCUUUAUUGCCGGGCCGGGCGUAGCGAUGGGCCUGGCGAUGGUGCUGGAUGCGAAUGCGAGCGAUUACUUCUGCUCCUCCACGUCGUCGGUUGGCUUUAAGAUCAUCUUUCACAGCCCGUCGGAAACGCCCAAGAUCACGGACUACGCGCAGUACAUCCCGGUCGGUACGGAGAAUCGGAUCAUCAUCACGCCGAAGAUUAACGACGCCGCCAACCAGAUACGGAAGGUGGCCCAGGCGCAGCGGCAGUGCGUAUUUGCGAGCGAAGCCAACCUGUCCUACUACAGCGUGUACUCGCGCAACAACUGCGAGCUGGAGUGCGAGGCGAAGCUGAUACUGGAGAACUGUGGCUGCGUGCUGUACUAUCUGCCGAAGCUGUACGAGGAUACGAAGAUCUGCAGCCGGGCGAAUGCGCGCUGUUACGAGCAGAUCCGCAGCUCGAUUGCGUUCACUGCCAACACGAGCAUUUCCUGCUCCUGUUUGCCCGGGUGCUUCGAGAUAAGCUACGUGCCGGAUUUGACCACGGCCGAGCUGCAGGUUGGUCGAUUCGGCAUACGCGAGACGCUGCUGGACAACGUGAAGGACGAGGUGUAUGCAAAGGAGAACCUGGCGCUGGUCUACAUCUUUGUGAAGGAUACGUACUAUCGCAGCUUUACCAAGGGCGAGCUGGUGGGCUUUACCGACUUUCUAUCGAACGUUGGUGGUUUACUUGGCCUCUUCCUGGGCUUUUCCAUCAUCUCGCUCAUCGAGGUAAUCUACUUCGUCACACUGCGCCCGUACUGUGCAAAGCGAAAGCAGCAACGCAUCAACCGAAAGGAGCAAAACGUGGAAGCGAAUCAUUUGACUACUACUCGAAACGAAUUACUUUGGUUCGGCUCCAAACCAUCCAACACAACAGCGAUACAGUUUCUUGGCCGCCCAACGGACGCCGAUCGCUAUGAUGCGCACGACUAUCACCUACAAGCGGGACGCAAUACAAUGGUAAAAGAGUUUGCCACUAAGCUUAAGCAUCUUGUACAUUCUCGACUGCAACAGGCAAACGGUUGGGUGCGGAACACGUUCCGUUCGCGGCGGACUCAGCUCGGGCGCGGCUUCGGCCAGGAGCGCACUGGAACGUCCUACCCUUUCUACGACUGAAAACGGGCAACACAAGCUUCUGAGGCAAGACGUUGGCAUUUUAUUUACUGCUGUGACAUUCAAAUAGCACCGUUUUGUGAGGAGGGCUAGAGAGGGACCAUCCCAACCACCCUGCAUGUAAGCCUAUCUGUCCUGUCCCCUGUGCCUAAACGAACGAAAACUCUGCUGCUACUGUUCCUUGCUGUUCCUAUCACAGUGAAGUGUAACAAACAUUGGUGUCUAGUAGUAGCACCUUAUAUCGUGUAGUAGUAGUACAAUAGUAUGAGCAAAACACUGGCUUAGGUGUAGUUCACUCCUCCCUAUAAUUAACUCGUUGCUUGGCAAAGCAGAAAAUAGUAACCCGCACCACGUGUUGCAACGUCUGGCACUGUCGUAAUCUAAAAUUAUUGUGCGAAAUUCCCUUUCUCCCUUUUCCCUUCCCUUCUGUGCUGUGUUGUUCCGCUUUGUUCUGUGUCUAUCGGUAGUUUGGCUAUUGUCCAUAUCGAUCCGUUUUUUUACGGAUCGCAUCGUGUUCGAAAGAACCGUUCGAACGCCAUCGUUUUGGCAUUUGCGCUAGAAGGCGAUAUUAUUUAACAUACUUUCGGUAGGUGUUAUCCAUCGCAUAAUCAACCGCACUAUCGAUCGGAUGGAUGAUGAACGGAAUGGCCAGCAGGCCGAGCAGCGUCGGUCCCCACUUGCCGACCGGUCCCUUGACCUUGUUCGCUUUCAAGGCCGCUUUCGACAGCCAGCAGAUCCUGCGGCGAGGGCAAAGACGGGAAAAAACGUGUGUUAAAUUGCAAAAUAAACCUGCUUUUGCUUGCUCCUA